CAAACCACUUACCUGAUUUCCAAAACAGACAGGUGCGAAUUUCAAGAAUUACAUCACUACGUGAACUAUAAGGGAACAUAUUAUUCAAGAAAGUUUUCAUAUUAUUAUUCAGUAUAUUUGAAACGACUGACAUAUCGACUUUGUCCUAUUCGCUUGCUAAGUGUGAUGCAUUGCUGUAAAUUUUUACGUGCUGUAGUGUAGAUCUAUGAACAGAUGAAUAUCAUUAUAUUUCCCUGUCAAAACUGACCACAACACUAACACAGUGGAUAUUGAAACUCAAAACAGGUGUGGUGAUGUAGUGAUCGCAGUUUCAGAUAAUGUAACUGUGGAAUCUAAAACAGCCAUGCCAUUCCAACAAAUUGCUGUUCAUCCCAUUGGGGAUGAUGCUACAUGUACGAAAGAUUCUAAAAAGAAGGAAAAAUCACAGUCAUCGCCUGUCAAGAAAAAGGAAUCUUCAAAGGAGACACAUCAUGUAAAUUCACCAACUCCAAAAGCUACAGAACGAUGUGAUACUAAACUAUCUAUGACAUCCUCAACAGGAGAUACAUGUAGAAUUUGUCAUUGUGAUGUGUCGGAAUAUGAUAUAACCUCACCAAUGAUAUCACCAUGCCUUUGUGCUGGGAGCAUGAAAUUUGUUCACCAAGCUUGUCUCCAGAAAUGGUUGAAAAAUUCAGACAAGAGAUCUUGUGAACUAUGUCAUUUUCACUAUAAAAUGACAACAAAGCUAAAACCUUUUCCUAAAUGGGAGAGAUUACAGAUGUCCCGUGUGGAGAAAAGGAAGAUUACAUGUUCUGUAACAUUCCAUGUAAUAGCUAUUACCUGUGUUAUUUGGUCUCUUUAUGUAUUAAUAGACAGAACAACGGAAGAAGUAGAAAUGGGUGCAUUAAACUGGCCAUUCUGGACCAAGUUAAUUGUUGUUGCAAUUGGAUUUUUUGGUGGCCUUGUGUUUAUGUACGUUCAGUGUAAAAUGUAUUUACGGUACUGUCAAAAGUGGCGAUCGUAUAAUAGAAUUAUUCAUAUUGAAAAUUUGACAGAUGAAGAGAGAAUCAAAUUCAUCGAAUUGGCUGUGAUCAAGAGGAAAAUCCCAGAUGAAGAUCAUGGGGUCAGCAAUUUGGGAUUUGAAAUAGAUUCUUUGUGAUAAAUUUGAAAAAAUCCAUGUAUUAUUUAUAUUGCAUACUUUAGUAGUUCAGGUAUGAACCAAAAAUGCCUUGAAAAUUUGUUAAUGCAAUGCAGUAGCGCAUCUCUAGUGUGACAGAUUUAUCUGUUAGGAAUAAUUUAAACUUGAUAAUGAUGUAAAAAUGUUAUAUUAUUGUGAAACAUUACUAUGCGACACAUAGGCAUACCUUAUGAGAAAUUGCCUUUACUUAUAGGUGAUACCAUUUUGUACAAGGAUCCAGAAUUUUUUUCACACAAUUUCGUCAUUUUGAGAUGACUUGAAAGUUAGGGUCCUUUUUUCUAGCUAUAUUUGUAUAACUAUCAAAGGAGGGACUACUGUAUUCUUUAUAUGGUCCGAAUAACUACUCAUUUAUAGUGCUAUUUGUACUAGUUAUCAUUUAAAACUAAUUCACAUGUAUAAAUAUACAUAUACAGCUACUUGGCCUGAAGGUCCUUGUGAUAUGCUCAUCAAUAUUAGCUUCAUACAUUUACAGCUAUUUUAGAACCAUUGGAUCAAAUUGAGUCAAACUAAACAAUAGGGAUUCUUUGUUUGUCCUCCGCUCACUUUCUGAUUUUCUGUACAAACCAAAAUUCAAGAUGGCUAAAAAUCAUUUCUGAAUGGCUGAAAGUGAGAAAUAUUAUUGUCAGGAAUCACUAAGUUAAUUGAAUAUGUGUGAUACUAAUAUACUCCUAACAAAGUUUAUUUGGUGCCAAACUGAAAUCCAAGAUUGUGGCUGCCGUGGUAUAUAAAUGGAAAGAUAUACAUGUAAACAACUUAAUCUUGGUAACUGUUUUACAUAUUGAAGUAAUAUGCAUGGGUUACAGUUUUAUGGUCAGUCUAAAAGUUUGUAUAUACACUUGUAAUUUGAUGUCAAUCUGAAAUCAAACUAUAUGCCCCCCAACUUAGAACUUGCAAUUUGAAGUCAAUCUGAAAUCAAACUUUAUGCCCCCAACUUAGAACUUAACCAUUUUAGAAAUACAUGUAAAUAGCUUGGGUAUGUUGUACCACAGACCAUAUUCAUAUUAUGUGAUAUUCUUUCCUUAUAUACUUGUGAAUAAUAUUUACAAAAUAACAUUAUCAUGUGCUAUCAUGGAUGAAAAAUUUACACAUUGCAUUUUGAAAAAUCAUCUUAUUCUAGUCUAAAAGUGCCUGUGAUAGAAUUUGUAGCUGUAAUCCUUAAUUGAUGACAUAACCUAUACACAGAUUUCUUUUUCUUUCAAUAUGUACAAUAUAUGGUAUAAUUUAUAGAUAUCAAUUGUGUCAAAACUUGGUCCAAACAGUUAUGAAAUGACUCUGUUUUUUAGUUGGAAAAAGAAAGUUCCUCCUUUUUGAUUGGUGGGUACUUUCAUCUCUGUAAUCAAUAAAUGAUGCUUUCAUAUUAAUUGUUUAAUUCCUUAUGAUUUUUAAUUUUCAACAUCCUUCAAAUAUGAAUUGCAUACCUUUGUUGAUGUGAAAUUUCAAAUGUUGAACAAAAUCCAAAAUUCAUAAAUGGGACAGGAAAAGAUCUAUUAUUGAAAUAUGUGUUAUUCUGUUGUUGAAAAAAAUGUGAGCUUUAAAUAAUGUGACCAGAGUUUUGUCUCAUUUUUGUCAUAGAUGAAAACAUUGCAUUAAUUUUUGAAUUUACAGUAACUGUAUUGUUAAACUUAUGACAUUAAAAAAUGAACUCAUUAUUAGUCUGUCUGAUGUUUUAGGAAUAUGUUAUUCUGAAGAUCCAUAUACUUUAUUGAUAUACUUUCAAACAAAAGAUAUUUACAAUACUACAAAACCAGUCUAGAAACAUUGAAAUGGUCCCCAUUAUUGCCAACAAUUUUGAAACAGCAAGAAAAUGGUUGUAUAUAGAAUUCUGUAUGUAUUUUAUUGAACCAUGAACAAAUAAUAUGUGUUUGUAAAAAAAAAUCUUCAAAGAUGAGAUAGAUUGGCUUGGUUUUAUAAAAUAGGUGUAUGUACAUUAAACUCUAAUAUGGCACUUUUAGAACUUACUUACAAAUGGAUCUCAUAUAUUAUUCAUAUCAAAUAAAUUUAAAGUCAUUAGACAUUUACAUUGAUAUAUUAUUUAUAGGUGCUCUUCUAUAUAAUUCAUUUCAGAUGACAGUUAAUUUCCCUCACAUUGAAAGUUGUGGAUAAUUGAUUCUUGUAUUUGAUACAAUUCAGAAUUUAUUUACUUUAUUUGAUGUUCCCAAUCUUCAAAGUACUUUUUAUACGACCGCAAAAAAAUUUUUGCGAUCGUAUAUUGGUAUGACGUUGUCGUCGUCGUCUUCA